AACUCUUCCAUCGAUUUUUCCCUCUCCACGCGCGCAUGACCUUUCUCUCAGCAUGCGCUGGCGCUAGCCCUCGUCGGAGCUCCAACCCUAUCCACUCGCUGACGCUGGAGAUACGGUCGAGAAGCUCGAGCAGGCAUUCCGCUACAGGGAGGCAGAGGCAGGGGCAGUCGCGAGCGGACCAAGCUACGGCGGCGGCCGCGUGGGUGCUCGGCGAGAAGCGCGAAGUAGGCCGACGAGGAGGCGGCGCGCUGGAGGAAGGCGUCGAGAUGACUCGUCGACGGAGGAGCAGGCCGACCUGCGGCGGGACGCACCCGACGAGCUCGUCCCCGAUGAGCACAAUCUUGUUGAGCGUCUCGGCCAUCUUGCCGAUGGAGGGCGGGAUGCAGCCACCGAGCUUGUUGUGCGCGAGCACGACGACGCCGAGGUUGGUCGGGAUGGGCCUGCAGAGGCGGUUGGAGUUGAGGAAGAUGGCGUCGAGCGGACGGUCGAAGAGCGCCGGCGGGAUGGCGCCCUGACCCGGACUACCGCUGCCCCUCUCCCCAUCGUGGACGCGCCCAACGCUGCGAGGGACGCGACCGCCGCCGCCCCGCACCUCACAAACAGCCCACCGUGCAGCAGAUCGAGCGCCCGGAGGAGACUGCUGGCACGUCUUCGGUCUCGACCUCGCACGGUUCAGCGGCUCGUCUUCAGUCGACCAACAGCGGCGCCGCCCCCACCCUGUGAAUCCCGUUCUCUCGGGCAGCCUGCCGCACCUUUGUCUGCGGUGCUAUAUGUGACGAGGUGGACGAAGCUUCCACCUUUGUCCUCCAUAUCGGGCGGCGGCGCGGCAGUGGGUGGUGGUGAGGUGCCUCGGCGACCGGUCGGCCCUCUUCCUGGUCGUUGCCCAUCUCCUGUCGCCGAGGCCACCUGAGAUGAAGAGGAGCUCCUCGCUGGGAUCCAGUGGUGUCUUGUUGUGCAGCUUCUCCGCAGCAGCAGUUAAUAAGCUGAUCCUAGAUGAUUAUUCCGCCAAGCAAAGCAACGGUUCCAGGGGAAUGGAGGUCAAUGCUGGUGAUAGUUUUGGCUUGCUAUCUCAAACAGUAGGAUGCGAGAGUACGGAGACAAGCUCAUCAUUAGUUGGUGAAGCACUCAGUUCAGCAAAAUUUACUGACAGGGAUGAUUCCAUGGAACCCCCAAGGACCAUGGCAAGUCACCUGUUUGGUUUAGCAGACUGUUUGGCUUAGGAGACAAUUCAACUGUAUGUUUGCUGCCAAACCUUAUCAAGCGUACUCUGGUGGGACAGAUGAUAUACACUACUCUUUAGUUUGCUCUCGA